CCUAAAAAAAUUUACAAUUCAGGGUCAAGUUUUAGAAUAGAUAAAAUUGAUAUAAUUAUCAUAAAAAAUUGUGAUUUAGCCAUUGUUUCCGUGAAAUAAACACAUAAGCUCAGUCCUUGAGCGGUGUUGUCGCAGAUAAGUUGUUAUAAGCCACAAAAAUGUUGUUCAGAAGUAUAUUCAGAACACUAUCUAGUCCGCGUAGUUAUUUAGUGAAUUAUAACCAUUUAGGCACUAGUUUGAACAAUUUUCGACACAUCGCUCCGCUGUCGACCACCAGGCUGGCGUUAAAAGACGAGAAGGUCAAAGUGUCAUUCACCCUGCACGAUGGCAAACGGAUAGACACAGAAGGGAAAGUCGGAGACACACUACUUGACGUGGUUGUAAACAACGACCUGAACAUCGAAGGCUUUGGUGCUUGUGAAGGCACGUUGACGUGCUCGACGUGUCACGUUAUAUUAAAACAGAAGGACUAUGACAGUUUACCAGAAGAAGUUACCGACGAAGAAAGGGAUAUGCUGGAUCUAGCUUACGGUCUCACAGACACCUCUCGCCUCGGCUGCCAGAUUGAGCUGACCAAAGACUUGGACGGAUUGGAGGUGAAGGUGCCAGAGACAAUCAACGACGCCAGGAGUUGAUGACCGACCAUAGAUAUACAGGCCUGUAAUUUUAAAUCAUCUAAUGGUAUUGGUAAAGUCUGGUCUGUGAGCACGUAGAAUUUUGUCCAAUGACCCCAAGCUAUCCAUCCUUAUCGCUCGCGCGUAAUUAUGUUGCUGUCGCGCUCGCACACUCACUGCGGGCGCCCGUCGCACAGUCGCGACAGCAAUAUAAUUACGCGCGAGCGAUAAGGAUGGGUAGCUUGGGGUCAUUGGACAAAAUUCUAUGUGCUCACGGACCAGGCUUUAGACGUAUAGUUAGUACUAGUUAAUUGACAUACUUUGAUUCCGCAAAAAAUGAUGUUGCCUUUGGAAAGAGCCCCAAUAGUAGUCCAUAUUGUAUGAGAAUGCUUAAUUUCGUAAAAUUACGUAGUUACAAAUUGAAAAAAUAUAAUUCGUAAUGAUAAAAAGUUUUAUAGGCCUAAAAUGUUAUAAUUUGACCGACAUUUAGUUUAAUAUGA